CCCCAACCUCGAUGCAUCCAGUACGUUAACCUGUCUUGGCUCCAUGCCAGCAUGCUGAUAGUGUCAAUGCACUCGCUUUUCCCUUUCUGAUUUUCCAUGUCAACUUGUGUUUUUCUUUUCCCCCUAUGUGCUGGCGCACGACCUUAGCCAUCAUACUUAUGCCAUCAUAUGCCAUCAUACGCUAUUCGCGCCAUCAAGCCUGGCCUGUCCCCUUCCAUCUCAUGUCUAUCUACCGAUUCUAUUCAUCCGCGAACACCUGCUAGGGUGACGUUUGCUGAUUGACCGCCCACGCCAGUUGGAUGCAGAUGCCCAGAAUGAUAUGAUGGCCAUGUUCGACAUGAGCACAUUCGAUAAUAUACCCAUGAACCUCGACGAUCUGGGGGGUUUGACCUCGCCCCAGGAUCAGCCCUUCCGGCACCCGACCCCGCCAAGCACCCUGGCCCCAGGCGACAGUCCAGUGGGGCUGUCGGUGCCGCCACCCGUCGACGCAGCACUUGGGGGUCAGUUGCAGCAACAGUUGCAGCCUGCGCCGAGUGGGAGUGGAAGUGGGAGCGGGGGCGCGAGCGGGAGUGGUAGUGGGAGUGCAUUGACCGAGUUCACCAAGCGUAGGAAUUGGCCUGCCAAGGUCGUUGAAGAGCUCAAAGAUGUGCUCUAUAUCCUCGAUGCGAAUGGCCGCAUCAGAUAUACCUCGCCGAGCACAUUCUCCGUCACUGGAUACCAAUCCGAAGACCUUGUCGAUACUUUCCUUAGGGACAUCGUGCAUCCCGACGAUAUGGGCACCUUCACGUCCGAGAUGAAUGAAUGCAUAGCAACGGGGAACCCGCUGCGCGUCUUCUACCGUAUGAAGAAGAAGGAUCUGCAGUAUGCCAUCUUCGAAGCCGUUGGCCAUGCGCACAUUGCGGCUGCCACAUUCGCCCCUAACCCCAGCAACCGGUCCCCCUUUUGCCAGGCUGUAUUCAUCAUGUCGCGACCCUAUCCAACGAGGAAUGCGUCGCUAUUAGAUUCGUUUCUGGAGCACAAGAUUGAGAAUGAAAGGUUGCGACGACGCAUUGCUGAGUUACGUAAGGAAGAGGACGAGGAAGAGGCCGCCUCUCAACAAAGCUGGCUUCAGGAGUCCCGCUCAGAUGUGACACCAUCAGAUGAUACUUUCAUGUCCAGCACUCAGGGUGGUGUCAUUUUCAAACCAGUGACAGUUGAUACCCAGGCAAUGCCUCCUCCCGAGAGGCCCCUGAAUGGAGCACUGACGAGGGAGAACUUAGAGGGCGCCACGGCUGGGAACAGACCAGAUUCAAUCGGUGACAAGAUGGCUCGAUACGAGGGAUCAUGUCGCACAGACACCAUUGAGAUGUUCACCGGACUACGGUAUCUCGAAGGAGAGAGGAGCCGUGGCGUUACGACAGGUAGCUCUAGCCUGACUUUGAUCAAAGGUGACGUUGGAAUAGCCAUCCCGGUCGAUAGGGACCCUAAAACAGGUGAAAAAAAGAAGAAACUCAAGAUUGCAGAAGAAUACGUCUGCACGGACUGCGGCACACUUGAUUCACCUGAAUGGAGGAAAGGCCCCAGCGGCCCCAAAACCUUAUGUAACGCAUGUGGAUUGAGGUGGGCUAAGAAGGAGAAGAAACAACGAAGCGCCAAUGGGACCGCUAACACAGCACCUCCACACCCGCUGCCGCCCGGCGAUACAUGAUAUAUUUUCAUAUUCCUGCCGCUUUAGCAUAGAAGCUAUCAGGUCUAUGUUUUCGUUUAAAUAUCUUUUGCUCGGAUAAGCAUUUUAAGGUUUACUUGGAAUUUCUAUAUAUGCACUGGUGACUACGGUGUUGGGCUUCACAAUGGUGACGGGUUAAUGUUCUCUUGGCGCUUUCAGAUUAUGACCUGCUUUUUCAUUUGUUCAUUUUCGGUUUCGAGACAGUGGGCUACCUACUUUACGAGGGUUACUUCAACUUGGUCUUCAUUGCAUCUAC